AUGUCCGGUUCUGUUUGUAUGGUGUGUCACUUCCUUUCUCGGGUAGUCAUAAUGAUCGAAAUGUUAACCCUAGUUCUUCUUACACCCACAGUCCAAGUGCUGAUUGCUAUGUGACGUAGGACUUGGCGCACUCUCACAAAGCUUCCAGAGAGCUUGAGUCGGUGUCGACCCCGAUCACGAUUGAACAUACCAUGAUCCCAUCUUUUACGACCACCGACAAUCCUGAGGAAACGAAGAGACGACGCCGCUUCUCAUCACCAUUUCGUCGCUCAAGAUCUCGACCAAGAUCAGUCAGUGCAACUUUCCCUAGCACUACCUUGCUGGUGUCCAGUACAUCGUUAACUGCAACUCCAAACGACAUACCAGACAUACCGAAAGCUUUCCAAGGCCGCCCGCACUCGUACCACGCCCCUGAUCUGGGCAUGCACCCUGCAUACCGAGGCUCGACCGACCAAUUGACUCCGACGUCUCCAUCACACGAACGGGGUCGCACAAAUGUACAAGCUUCGCUAGCGAGGUCAAGCUUUGUAACGGAGACAGAGGUUCGAGACGAUACUGUGCCCCCAGUACCUUCUAUACCGACCGGCAUUGAUAAUGAACGGCAAGGGCGACGCAGUCGAAGUUGGGGAAAUGCAGGCCUGAUGCUUCAGUCUGCCAUACGACACACAAGACCACCAGCCAAAAGCUCGAGAAGCCUAGGGGCCAGUCCGAUCAUCACCCAAUUCGACGUCCCUGAUAGAACAGGCGAGCCUGCGCCACAUGCCACUGAGGUCUCACCUCGCGGACCCUGGAAUGACGAUGAACAUGGCAAGAACGACUCACCACGGACCAGGCACAGCUCACCAAUCACGAAGGGGCUGUGGAUGGGCGACACUUCUCCAGUUCUCUCGAAGCGCACGCCGACAAAAGCUGAUGAGACGGAGGACGAUGGAUUUCAUCAGCCAGUGCUACCAAAAGACACUGAUGGCACGUUGGCACCAGCAGACUUAGUUCAGCUCUCUAAGCAUCACGACGAACCAAUCGAUACCCCACCGAAGAAACUAAGCAAGAAGCUCGAAGGUGAAAUCCUAUUUGACACAACAAAGCAGUCACCAACAAAGUCACCUUCUUGUCUAGUAGAGGGAUCCCAAAUUCCGGGGCCAGGAACACUACUCAGCACUACCAAGAGCAACGAUAGCAGCAACGAUCGAGUUGGAGUCAAAGAAGAAGCUCCUUUGCCGCAAGAGUUUGUGAUGCAACUCUCGGGCGAGAUCAGUCCUUUACUCCACUCAUCGAAGGCCUCGUUGCGCGAAGUCUCUGAUGACGAAGGCGAAGUGUUGAGUCCUGCUGGAGCAGGCCUUACUGGCGACCAGAUCGAGCAACGGUUGAAAUGGGAGACCGAGGUGAUUGGUGGUGAUGUCUCUGACGAUGAGGAGAACGUGUUAGGUCUGAGGGAUCAGCGGCAAUCUAAUCUUUCGCACACGGUUGUCACAGACAAGGAUGAUGAGCAAGCUGGACGCAAAGCUCAAACUUUUGGUGCCACCACUAUCUUCGACGAGGAUGAUAGACCUUUGAAGUCCUCCAGCCCUGAGGCCGGCUCUUCGCAUAUGAUCACCAGAAUCCGACAAAGUAAUCAAGCAAACUACGAGACGAAGACAAUCGGCGUUGGCAACGUGUCUCCGACAAGCGAUCAUGCAGGGCCCUCUUCGACUAGGAGAGCAUCCACUCAAGCACUUGCUAUGCAGUCUGCACUUGAAAGCAAAGUAAUCGGGACCGGCGAUGUAUCACCAGUAUCAACACGAUCAUCUGUCCUCGUCGCCUCACCGUCGAAAGUGUUUAAGGACAACGAUCGCGAAAUUGAGCAUGUUGAGGAACCCACAACAUCCAGCAUCGAGAGGUUUUAUACUGCUGGCGUUAGUUUUGAUCUCGAGCCUGCGAGAAGCAAGCCAUUGGAAUCAGAUGCAGGCGAAGACGUGGGGGAACGGCCUCGUAUUGAGAGAUUUGAGACAGCGCAGGAAGGCGUACAGGGGUCAAGCGAGCUGACAAUCCCAAAAGUCAGGCACCCAGCAAGUCGUUAUGCGACUGUCCUGGCUUCUGAACCUGUCGUGUCGUACAAAGAGUACACCGGAAGCUCGUCAAGUUCGAGCGUCGACAUGCUCGAGGCGAUCAUACCUCAGGCACCAAGCGGCGCUCUGACCCCGCAGCGAGCUGAGCGGGCUGACAUGCCCCAAGCCGCGACGCGUCGAGUCUCGGCUUCUCAACUGCAAGUCGUCCACGCCGUUGAAGAGUAUGCUGCAUCUAAUUCGUCUCUUGCAUCAUGGGAUCAGGACAGUAACGCCGCUGAUGCGAUCUCCGAGCCGGGCGCGGUCGUCGAGAUGAUGGACGAGAGCGACCUCGUUACUCCUGUGGCGCAGGUGCCAAGGAACGCUGCUCAUCAUGGACAGCAGGCUGACCAGGCUGGAAACUUCAAGAACAAUUCAUCCUACGCGGCCUCCAAUGGAUACUUCAACGAACAGUCGGUGUCCGAUUCCGUGCAUCAAGGACAGCAGAACCCGGUCUCGACGUCUAAUAUGACGGUUCCUGAGCGCUCAAAGUCACUACUAUCCAUCAUAUCUUCAGCUGUCUCGAGUACCCCAAUAUCUCCGGCAUCAAGCAACGCAGGAAGAUCAACCCCCUCGACAAUACACCGGAUGCAGCGCGACUUUUCCAACGCCAAGAGGACCAACCUCAUGGAAGUACAGAUCCCGGAGGAGCCCACGUCAGCCAAAGACGACCAAACACCAACAGCCAGGCAUGAGGACUAUGAUCUGUAUGCCGAUCACAACGGUGUGGUCAAGGAUGUACGCGAUAACAACGGUCAACCCCUGCGCCUCGCAAGCACAUCGAGUGCUGCUCCUACGCAGCUUGCACGAACGACAACUGGAGCCUCUUCUAUUGCAACGGCACCGGAUGUGCAAGACUCGCCUGGCCGGAGGUACAGUUUCGAACGUCCGAUGAGUUUCAUCUCUGGACCUCAGGAUGAUGAUGGAAGGCCCCAAGAUCAAAUCAACCAACCCUUGGCAGGCUCAAUAGCCGCGCCCCCAAUUCCACCUCAGUCAAAGCGAAGAUCGCAGCAGUACCCUCGCACCACUUCUGGAGCUAUCUACUCGAAUUUUGAACCAGUACAAGAUACCCAUUGGCCACCUGGUGAGGUGACUUCGCAGCCGCCAGUCCAAUCUGUGCAGCCACCAGUGCACGAACCUGCGCCUGCAAAGGUUGUUCGCCAGCCUACACGCUUCGUCCCUCACACCCAUGAGGACGAAGAUGAAGAUGAGGAACCUGCGCAACAAACACCAAACCUCCCACCACAGCGAACACCGCCGUCAAUUCCGUCAGAGAGGCUAGUCGCUGACGGACAACCACCACCCAAUGGUAUCCCUCAAGACCAACAUGCGCAGGACCCUCGCGUAGCGCAGAACCCUAAUAUUCAGUGUAGGAGUGUGUCUGCUCCUUUGCAGCGAAUCUCAAUGCCUGGUCACGACCCUCGUGUUAUUAGCCAACCGCUUGGAUCGCCUCCUGCAGGACCUUCGAUGGGGCCAAGAAAUGAGUUUGAGUACCAGCAACAGAUGAUGCAGCUUCAGGCGAAGUACCCUCGUUUCCGCGGUGCAGAGAGUCAGGCUCUCAACGUGCAACAACCGAGCCCAACUCAACAAGGUUUCCAAGCCCAUGAGAAGUCAUCUUCAAAGCCAAGGUUAGCAGCAGCCAUGAAAGGCAUUGUCGGCGGAACUUCGCCGAAUGCGCCAAACGUUUCUAAUGCACCACUCGCGCCUUCAAGCCUGGCUCCUACUGCGCCACCAACUGAAGCCAGUAGAGCCGAAUCUUUUGUUUCUGCAGUCAGCAGUAUGUCGCGUGAGCCGACUACAUCAACUCCUGGAGGACAGCCUGGCAUCGUUGCAGGCCCGCAAAGUCCUCCCAGUCUCGGUGCGGAGUCGCACUACAGUCAUGUCAGUCAAGGCUCGACGCAAGUGCAGCCAGCACAGUCUCGACAUGACCUCACCAUGCCAGCUAUACCCGCUCAAUAUCAAAGUUUUCACCCACAGCAACAACAACAUUCGCAACUUGCGCCGCCGCAGCAAAGCGGACAGUCACAAGGCUACCGUGCUUCUACGAGCGCUAUACCAGACGCCGGAAAGAAGAAAAGGUUCUCGGCGUUCACUGGCCUCUUUGGCAAGGGCACUGCAGCUGCGGAGCUACAGGGGAAGUUCAAGAUGUCAAGAGAAGAGAAGAAAGCACAGAAGGCUCAGAGGCAUACCAGUCAACCUGUCUUGCAGUCUCCGCCGACCAAACAAUGGCCUCCGCCAAACAUGCAGUUUAUUGCCCCUCAGCAGCCUAACAAUCCACCCGGCCAAGGCCUUCCUCCAGCUGGACAUGCAGCACAAGCUGUAGAUCCACGGUUUAUGCCCUCCCAUGGAGCGCCGCAUCUGCACCCACAGGGCGCGUCGGGUAUGCACCAACCGCAAGGCUUACCCCAAACGCAUGCCCAGCCGCAACUGCAGCCACAGAUGCAGCAAGGAUACCCACCGCAGCAGCAAAGACCAAUUGCGCAACCAGAUGAAGGCUCUGCAUAUCUGAGGACAAAGCAAAUGGCUGAAGAGCACCAAGCAAGGCAAACAGCUGGUCAACCACCGCGACCAGUGUAUGGGAAUCCCACCUCAGUAGGCUCCGUCCCGCGACCAUCAAGCGAACAACCUCACCAACCGGCUCGACAGUCAUUCCAGAGGCCGCCACCAUCCAAUGGAUACUACUACCCAGAGAAACCUCCGCCAGAGCAGGGCGCCUAUAUGUCUUCUCAGGAGGAGCAACAACAACGGGCUUUGCAAUUGAGACAGCAGCAGCAGCUUGAAGCAGAAAGACGACUUAAUGGUGGACUUCCACCGUCUCCAGGGGAGCAAGGAGCGUAUGGCGCAUCUGCAGCUUCACGUCAACAGGCGCAGCAACAACAGCGACCACCUUCAAUGGAACAGGGAGCAUACGGCGCUUCGCAAGUUGCACGUCAGCAAGCACUGCAGCAGCGACAGAAACCCGGCUUCGAGCAAGGAGCUUAUGGAGCUACACAUGAGGAAAGACAACGCUUACAACAACAAGGCAACUACCCUCUUCCUGGCCCGGAGGCUUUUGGACGCUCUCAAAUCCAUUAUGAUCAGAUACAACAGCAUGGUCCGCCGCAGCGUACGCAUGUCCCGCCACAACACGAGCGUCAACAGAUACCGCAGAAUCACCACCAGCCAGCUAUGACAAGAGAAGAACAUAUGAAGCAAGCUGAACAUGAGCUAGCACAACACAGGUGGCAGCAGCAGCAGACUCAACUCCGGGAAUCCCACUUGCAACAGCAAGCUCAGCUCGCUCAACAGCAGGCUGCCAAUCGAAGUGUUUCUGGACCACUUUUGAACCAGGCUUCGCCUCCUGCAUCGCCGGUUGGGCAACGACAUGUAAGCUCGCCUGUAGUUGAACCUCAGUACGAUACACCUCCAAUUCCCGGGGCGUAUGGUCAUGUACAAGGCGUCUUCGUCUCCCCUCUUGACCAGCCGCACGCCUACACAACACCGCACGAUCAAUUUCGUCGACAGGAGUCAGAUCCUCAUAUGCAACCGAUUUCGCCUCAAGUGUCUGCGCCUAAUGCUCGCCAUCACUCGGAUGCCAGUAGCGUGUCGGUGGUCUCACCUAUCUCUGGACCUACACCGGAGCCUUCUGCAACGGGACAAGCAGCUGAUCAACGUCUACAGAAGCCUAGGAUGCCCAGCAUAUCCGAAGUACACCAGCAAGCACCACCUCAAGAACGACCGUGGCACAUGAAUUUCCCGGCAGGUACUACUGAACAAGACAUCGUUCGAGCUCGUCAAAAGCAAUUCUUCCAGCAGCAGUUUGCUUCCCAGCAGCAGGCGCAGGCAGAAAGGCAUGCGUCGUCACCAUCCCCACGUGUGUCGCCCGAUAAACAGUCGCCGCCAUUCUCCGCACCUUUCCAGCAGUCUCAAGAACAGGGUGGCGGGUUUAGAGAGGUGUUGCCGCGAAAGUCUCCACAGCCAUAUGCAGCGCCGCAAUCCGCACCACUCGAUCGUCGUAGUCCACGAUCCUCACAACAGACACCAUCACAUCCCAAUGAAAGCGCAGGGUGGCCCCUCCAUUCGUCACCCGGUCUAGCAGGCCCGCAACCGCCUACGAACGAACCUCACACUCCAAGACACCCUGAAGACUUCGACCAACGGCCGUCACAUGUCGAAGAUCCACGGCAUACUGCCUAUGAUCACCGGCGAUACGAGCCAACGCCGCCAAACGAAAGCCAGCGUGUACCUCCACCCAACCAGCAACCCCAGUAUGAUGAAAACGUCCCCGACGAGGCACCUCCAUCGUACGAUGGCCCUGGCGUGCCUAACGACGGAAUGGAGAAGAGCAACCCAGAUCGUCCUCGACCACCGAACAUCAUAACGGCACCAACCGAUCGAGGUCGCCAACAGGAUGGCCGACCGCGCCAGGCUUCCCUCGGGCUCAUGCAACAUCCUCAACCUGCGUCCAUGGCCGCGUCGCCUCAACGCACAGCACCAGACAUGGGCGCCGAGUCGCUUCGCCGCCAAAUGCUCCAACAAGAAGAGCACGCCCGCAUGGAGCGCAUUCAGCGCUCGCAAAUGCAGGCUGUCCAGCGACAGCGCGAACAGCAAGAACGCGACGCUGCUCGUGCACGGGCACAGGAGCUCGAGCGCAGUGUUUCUGGUGGCGGCAGGGUCGGCAGUCUCCGGAGUGUCCGUGGCAGUCACAACGGUGGCACACCUGGAUGGGAAAGGCGAGGGUUGCAGGGCGGUAGUAGUCGCCCUGUGUUUGAGUUGCCUGCGGUAGAAGACGAGGAGCCUGUUAUGCGGGCUACUAGUUUUCCGGGGCAGGAGUGGGUGCCACCCAUGUAUGUCGAUGAUUGAGUGUUCAGCACAGACUAUCUACACACGCAUGACUUGCUGAUAUUCUUACUCACUUGUAUAGAAAGAUUUGAGAUUUUGGUUUCUCGGAUCUUAGCGACGCAUCACGCUUUGGCAUUUUGAUUGGAUACCCCUCCUUUCCGUACACAUCUAUAUUGCAUUCUUAUCAGUUCAACGUACAUGUAGCAACGUUUUGUAUAGAUCUCUUUGGUCGAAAUUCAUAAUACAUGCAUUCGUAUCUCGACGUACUGCUUUUGCUUUGUCGUUGCCUUCUCUGUUUACAGUUCGUGUCACUUGAACCCUUUAAUCGUUGAACCAUGG